AUGCCAAGACCCCCGCUUGCAACCCCAGCUACCAACACGACCUCUGAUUGGCGGAGGCUGUUUAUGCUUAUCCACCCGCUCGUUGGUGAUUGGCGGAGUCCCCGACAAUGGGCUCAUGGGAUCCGGGGAAUCGGCCACGAGGGUGACAAUUCUGAACCGAAGGAGGUCAAGCGCCGUAUUGGAAUGCCCGAACCCGGCUUGCAAGCCGGGUUCGGGCGAGAAUGGUCGGCUGAUUCCCCCUUCAAUCGGGACGGAAGUGGCGUUUCUGGGCACUCAGAGGCUUCUUCAUCCUGCAAGAUAUCAACUGAAGUGAAGAUUGAGAUAGGAUUCGGGAGACAAAUGUGGUUCCUGUAA